AUGGCAGACACCGAGGGGGCAGAUUUGACAGGUAACGAAGAAGAUGGCAGAGCAGAAGUCGUCAACACGAUGGAAGGCAACGACGAGGAGGACAUGGAUGUGUUCCGGAACGUGGGGCAGGGUCUGAUCGGCCACUACAGGGAGAUCAUGAUCCAAUACUGGCAGGAACUCAUCAACGAGAUAGAAUCGACGAACGAGCCUGAGUCGCAGCAUCAGGACGAUUUUAAAUCCCACUCUCUGCCCUUGGCCAGAAUAAAGAAAGUAAUGAAGACCGACGAGGACGUGAGAAUGAUCAGUGCAGAGGCGCCGAUUCUUUUUGCCAAGGCCUGCGAGAUCUUUAUCACUGAGCUAACCAUGAGAGCCUGGUGUGUGGCAGAGGAGAACAAGAGACGUACUUUGCAAAAGGCGGACAUCGGCGAGGCACUGCAGAAGAGUGAUAUGUUUGACUUCCUCAUAGACAUAGUCCCGCGACACCUGCAACAGUAG